GAUGAGGAGGAGGGGGCUCGCAAAUCACUCCUAAGAGGGGGGAAGAGAGGAAGAGGAGGGAGGGCAGAGCUUGCUGGAGUGCACCACGGCUUGUUGUUGCCUGUCCGAGAGUUGUUGUCCUCCGGCCGGCUGCUCAUCAGACCAUGAGCCGGCAAAAGCGUGAUCGAAGAAUAUAAAGACGGAUCAGAGCAAAGCGACAGGAAGCAGAGCGGAGGAUGAUGGCCGAGGGGCGUUUUGCCAGCCUGCCCAGGUCGCUGCACGCACAUCACACAUUAGGAGGCGCCGGCCACAUGCACGCCCCCGCCCUAGGCGCUCCUAGCGGGAGUAGCUGCCCCUCAAGAAAAUUGCAAGCCUCCGUUGCCUCCUCCAUGGAUCUUCUCAGCUCGAGACCGAGUCCCGUCGCAGGAUGUAACGGAUCAGAGUUCCCCGUCGCUCCGUACCAGCAUAUCUCCAUUCAUGGAACGCUGCCUCGACGCAAGAAGGGAGGAGACACCAACAUCUGGGACACCAGAGCCAAUCACACUCUGCCAGUGCUUAGGCGGACAUCUCCCCUGCUGGCUGGACAAGUUCAUCAGUCCAUGACCUCGCAACCGCUCCAAAAUAUUGUCGACGACUUCCACAGUUACGGGGAGCCCGCAGCCGCUCGUGAUGCCGCCGUGGACUACGUCAAGUUUUCCCAAGACCAGUUCAUCCUGGACGGUCCAUCAGAGAAGCUUCGCAGAGAAUUGGAGGAAGAACUGAAGAUGAACUGCGAUGAGCCCAGAAGCCACGCAUGGUACCAUGGAGCCAUACCCCGGCAGGUUGCCGAGAACUUUGUGCAACGAGAUGGCGACUUCCUGAUUCGCGAUUCGCUGUCAAGUCCCGGAAGUUAUGUUCUAACGUGUCAAUGGCGAAAUACAGCCCAGCAUUUUAAAAUCAACAAAAAGGUUGUGAUGCUGAACGAAGCCUAUUCCAGAGUUGAGUACCGUGUGGAGCGAGAAGGUUUUGACAGUGUUCCCGCUCUCGUCAGAUAUUACGUCGGCAACCGCAAACCCGUCUCUCAGGUCGUCGGCGCCAUUAUCUUCCAGCCCAUCAACCGCACGCUGCCGUUGCGCUGCUUGGAACAAAAGUACGGAUUAUCCGGUCCCCAUCGAGAGGCGGGGCUGAUGGAACAGGAGCGGCGGCGUCAGAAGCGCCUCAGCCUCAACAUCGCCAAUGGACACGUCCAAGACAACACGCACGGCGGACACGAUGGCAGCCACUACCACCACAACAAUGUGGGGAGAGGAAGCCCGCUCAGGCUGAAGGAUCGUUGCGGCAGCCAACCGGCGAGUCUCAAUCAACUCCCGGAGAAGCGGCGGCCGCUUAAAGCGCACCAAUCAGAGAGCUUCCUACCACUUGGAUCCAGAGCCCAGAAUCAGCAGCACUCGGACAGCCAUCUCCUCAGCCCGAACUCCAAGUCUCCCGUGUUCCGGACGGGCAGUGAACCGCUGCUGAGUCCGUCAGUCGCACGGAGGUUGGCAGAGCCAAUGGCGGGUCAGCCGAUCCGGGGCUCUGACAGCCAGCUGUGUCCCAAACCUCCACCCAAACCCAGCAAGGUUCCUACGGCACGCCCGCCUCACUUUGCCGGCCUUCAGCUUCCACGUCUGGCCUCUGAUGCCUGCCCCAGCCGGUCUUUACCCACUUUGGACUCCACAUUUGGGGAAGCCCCUGUUUGGAGGACGGCAGGCCCUCCUGCACCGCCGGCAAAGUCCGUCCACGCAGACCUGCAAAGCUCCUACAGCUGUGCACUACCGCAGAUUCACUACACCAACUCUGAGGCAAUAGCGGGCCGAAGUGAAUGCCUGGCACAGACUCCCGCAGACCUCAGAUCCCGCAGCCCGCUGGAAUGGGAUGAACCAAAAUCUCCCAACUCCAUUCCAGACAACGCCCACGAACUUGAGCGGCUGCCGUGCAGCUAUGUUGAGAGAUUGAGGCAAGAGGGUGAGGCGCCCGAUGCGACGGGAGCGCAGAGAGGGCUGGACCGAAGUUCCUAUCAUCAUGCCAUUGAAGCUUUGGAAAACACCAGCGAGGAAGAAGAGGAGGACGCGAGUAGGGAGGAGCAGGAGGACGAAAAGGGGAACAUCUUCCUACGGCCGGUGGUCGAGACUGAGUCGGCGUUCCGGCCGACCGAGUUUGACUCUCGACUUCUGCCGGCCGAAAACAAACCGCUGGAGAUGUCGGUCUUGAAGAGAGCCAAAGAGCUGCUGUUGAGCCACGACCACCACAGCAUAGCCAAACACCUGCUCAUGGCCGACUGCCAGGUGGCAAGGAUACUCGAUGUGUCGUCUGAGCAGAGAAGUCAGAUGGGGGUCGCAUCUGGCCUGGAACUGAUCACCUUGCCACAUGGUCAACAGCUGAGACUAGACCUGAUGGAACGACACCACACCAUGGCAAUAGGUGUGGCCGUGGAUAUUCUCGGGUGUACGGGCAGCCUGGAGGAGCGAGCGUGCGCUUUGAACCGCAUCGUCCUGGUCGCGUUGGAGCUGAAGGACACUGUGGGCGACUUAUUUGCGUUCACCGCCCUCAUGAAGGCUCUGGAGCUGCCGCAGAUCAGUCGUCUGGAAGAAACAUGGACGGCUCUGAGAAGGAAUUACACGCAGACUGCCAUCAGCUAUGAGAAAACUCUCAGACCUUUCUACAAAAAUCUCUAUGAGGGAACCGCUUCCUGUCCUGCUGCGGCGUCCGUCCCCCUCCUGUUGCCUCUUCUCACUUUGAUGGAGCGGCCAUCGGUCUCGCCGGAAGGGGCGGAGCUCUGGGAGACCAGUGACCAGGGCUGUGACAUCAUGCUGCGUCACCUCGAGGCUGCGCGCAACGUCGCACACAAUGCGCACAUCUACGCUGAGAACGCACAGAGAAUCAUGCACGGGUUCCAUUGUGACGAAGACUUGCUGGAGGUGUUCAAGACGGACUUUCAGCUGCGGCUGCUGUGGGGGAGUCGGGGCGCUUCGGUCAACCAAUCAGAUCGCUACAGCAAGUUCAACCUCAUCCUCACUGCAUUGUCAAGGAAGCUGGAGCCCCCGCCCAAAACACACACUUUAAUUUGACUUCCCAUUGGCAGCAACAUUCAGACGGACCGUUUCAGUUCAGCCGUGUAACCUAACAUUGAUGCAACAUUAUCAAAUUCGUAGACAAGAGUUUGAGCGUCACGGCGGCCGCUCAAGGAAGACCAACAAGAUGCAAACGGGGACAAAACUUGCACUUUCUUAGAGAGCAGAAAUCGUAUAGAAUGUCCAUAGAAGUAACUGUAACUAAACAAAUAUAAUGCAUAGUUUGUUUCUUUACUCAAGACUCCCAAAACUAAAUGGCCUUCUGCUAAGGUUUAAAAGAGAGUAGCCCUGUUUGUGUGUACAUGUGAAGAUACACACAAGUACUGUAAGUGAACGAACGUUGUACAUAUGUGAAGCGUUGUGUACAUACAGGAAUUAAGGAGAAGAGAAUGUCAAUAAAUUUGAAUGUUUAUAUUCUGAACUACUGCAGUAAGUUUGAAUAAAUAUGGUACAUAUUC